CGCUUCCAUUUUAAGUUGAGAUGAUGAAGCCGUGGAGGCAGAACCACUACUCAGUUUCGUGACAGACUUCGUUGGCGUUUGACUAUAUGGUGCUUUUGUGGCAUGUUUCAUCUUGGGGCAAUUUUAGUGUGAAGUGGUAAACAUGGACGUGGCGAUGAAGUUAGACUUUGACAGCUGUGAUGACGAAGAAGUGAACACAUCGUUUCGCACGCUGAGUUCUGGCUGUGAUGUUGACGAUGGCGGCGAUCUCUCUGGGGACGAUUUGACUACCAUGGCACCGCCCAGUCCAUCCCCAGCCCGUCUCUUCAGCCCCAGGAAAGGCUCAAGACCCGUUAUGAGACAAGAAUCUAAUACUUCGCCAAAAGUUGCUAUAGAUUCUCCGCCAUAUAAGAAAAUCAGAGCUCUACGUCUUUUUGAUUCUCCAGCGACGCCUAAAACACUCCUCCAGAAAAGCACGACAGAAUCUGCAAACAAACCCACCUCGCGAUCAAGACUAUUCUCUACUCUACGACAGAGGUCUGUGGUGCCUGCGUCCACCCAGGUGACCACGACACCGGUCACACCACCUACUUCUUCAGCACAACCGAAAGAUCAAGGAAAAUGUGUAACCAAAGAAGUUGCAAAUAUCAAUCCGUUUACACCAACAGGGAUGUUGUUAUCCUCAAGGAAGCGAACAAGAUCAAGAAGGGAACUCGCCUCUUCAACUGGUGAAACCAUAACGACUGAGAGCAUGGAUCUAAGUCUAGAAGAUUGUUGUUGUAAUGACUCUUGUGAUGAGUGUGAAGAUGAGGCUGGGCGACCAACCAAGAGGUUAGCAAUACACGAGGCCAAUGUUUCCAGAUAUAAACAUGAAUUCCUUGAAAUGGAACAAAUAGGGCAAGGAGAGUUUGGAGGAGUUUACAAAUGUCGACAUCGGUUAGAUGGGUGUGUUUAUGCCAUUAAGAAAUCUCUUAAACCUGUUGCUGGAUCAGUAAAUGAGAGAAUAGCAUUAAAUGAAGUUUAUGCACAUGCUGUCUUGGGAAAGCAUCCCCAUGUUGUUCGAUACUACUCAGCUUGGGCGGAGAAUGAUCACAUGUUAAUCCAAAAUGAAUAUUGUAAUGGUGGCUCCCUGGCAGACUUAAUAGAAAAGAAUAAAAUGGGUAGAAAAAUCGGUGAGCAUGUCCUAAAGCAAGUACUGCUACAUGUGGCCAAAGGUCUAAAGUAUAUACAUUCUCUUCAGUUAGUGCAUAUGGACAUUAAGCCUGCCAACAUUUUUGUCUCGCGGGAACAAAAAGUAAACUUGCAGGGUGAAGAGUCUGCUGAUGAUGGGUUUGAAGAGGAACAUGUAGAAGAAGAGGAAGAAGUUACUUAUAAAAUUGGUGAUCUUGGUCAUGUUACAUCUAUGGUUAAUCCUCAAGUGGAAGAGGGUGACUGCAGGUAUCUCCCUCGGGAGAUCCUGCAAGAAAACUUCUCUCAGUUACCAAAGGCAGAUGUUUUUGCUCUUGGACUCACAAUUUACGAAGCAAUAAGAGGCGAACCUUUGCCUCUUAAUGGAGAUGAGUGGCAUGCAAUUCGUAAUGGGGAGUUACAGCCACUACCUGGAUAUUCCAUGGAACUACAACUCUUACUAAAACAGAUGGUGGAAGUUGACCCAACAGUUCGGCCUACAGCAUCACAGUUGGUUUACCAUCCCACACUCUGCCCAGCAACAAUUAUGUCCCGUGCACAGCUACGGCGUGAACUAAAUGCGGAAAGACUAAAAAAUGAUAUAUUAUCUCGGCAACUCAAAGAGGCAGCCAAGUGUCUCCAGAGUUUAACUCCGAGCAAUGUAACCUCUACCCUAGUUGCAGUAGCUUCUGGAGUGGCACCUACUCCUGUUAGUGUUUCUUCUUUACCACCUGUAAGACGGGGACCCACUACAAGAAAUUCUAGAUUAAUAGGUAGAAACCAGCAGAAGUGUGAGCACAAGUAAUUUCUGAUAUGUAAAAAAGAUUUUUAGGUAAUUAUAUGGUGAGAUUAAACUUAAAUUAUUUGCUUUUCAACUAAUUAGUCUGAAUUAGUCAAUUCAUAUUACUUUAUUUUAGUCAUUUUGUAAAUACAUGGACAGUGGUAUCUUCAUGCAUAUUCUGGGGUCAAAAAAUCUUCUUCGUUCUUAAUAGCACAUAGAAGAAUUUUGAUGUAGGUAAAUUUAAAUUUGUGGAUAUGAACUGGAUUGUAAUUUCAGAAUGUGGAUGUAGAGGUUUGCAUGAUUCUCUUGAGUGAAAGAUAAGGUAAUGGAGUCAGACUUCAAGAAGUGGAUCUAGUCUCCUUGCAUGAGUUUCUUCUCAUGCAAUGCUCACAAUAUUGAUAACCAUAGUCUCAUAAUCCUUGGGGAACCCAAUAAUGCAAAGCAAAACAGUCAGUGCUUCAGUUCCCAAGCACAGUAUUAUCUGUGAAUAGCCUCGUAUUUGCAGGGCACUAUUAUACCCAGAAUGCUUUGGGUGGUAUCGUAUGAGAAGCUUCUUAGAUGUUGGUUGGCAUUUCUUCAUGUCAGUUUUGGGUAUCCCAAGUCAACAUUGCAUAUGCUGUACCCCUGUGGUUUCUUGGAUCACUGUUCGUCAAGUCUUGCUGUUGCAAAAUCGCAGUUUCAGGAAUUUUAAUGCUUGCACAUGUUCGAUUGUACUUUACCUGAAAUUUUAAGGUAGGGGUAGCUGCUCCCAGAAAAUUCCAGAUCUGUAUUAUUAAGUAUUAGAAGCUGGUUGUGUUCCUGCCCUGACCAUAUUCUAUUCGAAAUGCAUUGUAACAAUCAUACAAUCACGUGCCUUAUUAUUGUGAUAGUAGUUGUAUCUUUUUCAUAAUUAUUAUUUUAUUGAAAAAUAUUGCUAGCUCUUUCUAGAAUCACAAAUGUUUUAGGGCAAUUUGUUUCUAAUACAUAGGGUAUGUAUGUACUGUAUACUGAAUUUUACUUCUAAUGGAUGAAUUAUCAUCUUUUUGUUUAGGCUCGUAGUAGACAAUUUAGUAGCUAUGUCACAAAGAUUUUCCUCCAGGUUUUUCAGGCUGUCUUCUGAUAAGACAUUCCGUGUACUGUGAUUUCUUGCUUUCUCUGUACUGUUUUGUAUAAAUAAAUUUUAUAUUAAUUUGCAA